AUGGAGGCCACCGGAACUGGGUUUGAAGCACAAGUGAUGCAUUGUGAACAAAAGGAAGAUAUUAUCUUAAGUGCUAGUGAUAUUGCUGUAAUAACUGUUUUAUGCAUCUUGGUGUCAUUAGGAAUUACAGCUACAAUAGUUGAUGUUUUUUCGGAGCUGACUUCUGAUAGUGAACGAAACAGCAAAGAUAAAAGUGUCCUGACCCAGUGUCUUCUGUGCUUUUCGUUCUAUACCAAUACGAAAAGACUGCUAAAAAAGGAUGAUUCAAAAGAUUCCAUCAAAAUCUUUCAUGGAAUGAAAGUGAUAACAGUGUUAUGGGUGAUACUUAACCAUUCCUACUAUUACACCAACAUACAAGUCGCUGGAAGUCUUAUAACUGUGACAGACUGGCGACAAAAAAUAGCAUUUCAACUCAUGGCAAAUGGAUUCCUCAACGUCGAAACGUUUUUCUUCAUUACGGCUGUUCUGAUCGCAUAUGGUGUUACAAGAAUGCCAGGAAAGCAAAUCAACAUUGGUUUAUAUAUUGUGAGAAGAAUAUGGAGGUUGACACCCCCAUUUAUGCUGGUAAUAGCAACAUCAUUUCUUGUCCCAUACUUUGGUUCCGGGCCGGUAUGGCACGAGACUGUUGUCGAAGGAAUAAUAAAUAAAUGCAAGAAAAACUGGUGGAAGAAUCUGUUGUAUUUUAAUAAUUUUGUCCCUGUGAAGGAAACGUGUUUUCCAUGGAUGUGGUAUUUGCCUGCCGACACUCAUUUGUAUAUAAUAGCAUUAGUUUUCCUUAUUCCUUUAAAGAGGAAUGUGAACCUCGCGUUCUUAAUGAACGGUGUACUCCUAGCUGCGGGGACUUGUGCAACCAUAUUCAAUAAUUAUUAUUAUCAACUUCAUCCCACGGCUAUCACGGCAUUCACUCAUCCUGAGGAUGGUAAUUAUUUUGCCGACUACGGAUACUUCAGAAGUUACCUUCAUCUCUCUACGUACUGCGUGGGUAUGACAGUUGGUUAUGUAAUUGCGACAAGAAAGAAAAUACAUAUACCAUUGGUGGUGAAUAUUUUGGGAUGGCUUGUAUCGUCUGUAGCAGCAUUGACUGUAUUGUACGGUGUUUAUGAAUGGAACCAAGGGAAUGUUCCGAGCUUGGUGGUAUCGACCUUGUAUACGUGCACAAAUAAAUUUGUUUGGUCUUUAGCAUUAGGAUGGGUUACUGUCGUCUGCAUGACUGGAAAUGGAGGCAUUGUGACCAGAAUUCUGAGUUGGCAAGCGUUUGUGCCGCUGAGCCGUUUGACAUACAUGGCCUACUUGGUGCAUCCUAUCAUUCAGUUUAUGUACGUAGGAAGUACAAGAGUGCUUAUACGAGCAGAUCACAGGACAUUCGUGUUUAUGUAUUUAGGAUAUGUGCUGACUGGAUUCAUGAGCGCUUUCGUAUUGAGUCUCCUCUUCGAAUCUCCAUUCAUGGCUCUGGAGAAGGUUUUUCUUGCUCCAAAGAAAAAAACCGACGAAAAAGAACUGCCAAAAAGUGUUGAGAGCACUCAGAAGCCAUGGAAGGCCAUUAAUCUCAACCACAAGAGCAGAGUUUAUUCUGUAUCUGGAAGCCAAAAUGCUGCGAUGGAAAACGGUGUUCACUGAGAAAUGGUUAAAGAAAUGAUAACGGGCUGUCUGUAAAUAAUGUCAUACUUUUCCCCAAUAAAUUUAUCCCUCCCCCCCGAUUUGUCCCAAAAGCUCCGUUCACAUGAACCAUUUCUAUCCUGGAAAAAACCUGCUUUAAACCGCAUUACAGAUAUUAUUUCCCGGGUAAAUGUAGAUCUUUCUUUUUUCUGCUUCCUACUGGAGUAAAUGCUGGAUUUUCUUACAUGCACUACGCAAAAUAAGUUUUUUUACUUGCAGGGUAUUGCCGCAAAGGAUGCUGGGUAAAAUAGCUUUAUCGGGUACAACCUUUUUUCACAUGUGAACAGUAAAUUUUCCAGUUUUUUUUUGGAGAGCUGGAACGAGAAUUUACGAAGCACAAAAGUCUCAUGUGAACGCGGCUAAAGAGUCACACUUUACCAUGCCCUUACUAUCCGCCUGUGACGUGUCGUGCUGUUUUUGUAAACAUACUGUUGUAAAACAAUUGUGAUGUCACACUUCUUAUUUCUCUCUCCAUCUCUAAUUAACUUUCAAACUACCAUUUCAAGCACGAUUUGGCAUUGUAUAAAAAUAGAUAAAGUGAUUUACCCCCAAUUACAAUCUGCAUUUUUUUUAAAUGCAUAACGUUAAAAUCUCUUAUUUUGUAAUUUUAUCUCCAGAAUCACGAAAGCCUUAAUAAGCACGAAAGCCAGAUUAUUUGAGGUUCACAAUGCGAUUUUGUCUCCCAAAUACUACUGAAACUGAAUCCGCAAAUUAUGGUAUAGACAACAUUUCGACGGACAGAAUUGAUUUCCUGUGUUUAUGAGCUUAAAUUAUAAAAGAUAAGAUAAAUUAUUAUUCAUUACCGAAAACUGAAAUUGCUUUAGAAAUUUAGUGUCAACGUUUACAUUGUGUUUUGCCUUACGUAUACUUACUUGACAAUAUAAUACCAGCAUUAGUUUGAGAAAAAGUAACAAUUUGGUGCAUUUAAAAUUUUUGCCUACACUGCGUAGCUUUUCUUCAUGCUAAUGUAAUCUAGUUCGUCAACUGCCAUGGAACGUAAUUUUUUCUUACUUUUUUUAAAUCUUUAACUUCAAUUCAUUUCAUGUAUAAGAUAAAAACCAUUACUUACAUUUUCAUUUCAGCAAACCGCAUUUUCAUUAUGUAAAUAAUAUUUUUCAUUUCUGAAAUUGGGUUGAAGGAAUUUAUGUUUAUGUUACCUUCAUUAGGAGUGUAUCAGGGAAACAUUUUUUUUCUCGUUUCAUUAUGUAAUUGAACUAAAUUUGAUUCAUGUUGGGCUUAUUUUUUUCAUUAGAAUUUGGAUGGAGGGUUUUUAAAUUUUUUUCACUGGAUUUAGUUUUUGAAUCUAAACUAAAAAUUGGAGAAAUAUAUUGCAGUUGGGAUAAUUGUUUUGUAACAUUUUUUAAUUGAAGUUUAAGUUCAUUGAUUUUCAUACUCUUAUAAUUUAAUAAAGUUUGGUUUAAGAAAUUUUCAUUUUUGUUUCAAAUGGUGUUGUGUAGAGUUAGAAAUGAUGUUAGACUAACUUUAAAAAACUUAUCUGUGUUAAACAUGUUCGUUAUUUUUGAAUCUGUAUUUAAGAUGUAUGUUUUGUCAUUAUUUCUGUGGUAUUUAUAAUUUAUUU